AUGGGCGCCUAUCUCUAUGGGCGCCUAUCUCUAUGGGCGCCUAUCUCUAUGGGCGCCUAUCUCUAUGGGCGCCUAUCUCUAUGGGCGCCUAUCUCUAUGGGCGCCUAUCUCUAUGGGCGCAUAUCUCUAGGGGCGCCUAUCUCUAUGGGCGCCUAUCUCUAUGGGCGCCUAUCUCUAUGGGCGCCUAUCUCUAGGGGCGCCUAUCUCUAUGGGCGCCUAUCUCUAGGGGCGCCUAUCUCUAGGGGCGCCUAUCUCUAUAGGCGCCCAUAG